AUGACCGGUACCUCCACCAUCAUGCCCGUCAUGCACGAGCACACCGCUUGCGAGUCGGCCUCGGUCGACUUUGGUACCCUGGAGCGCUCCCACCUGCAAGCCAUGCUGGAGUACGCCGAAACAGACGUUGCAAGCGCUUCCGUGCACCACUUGCCCGAGCUCCGUUCGCCCCCGCCUCCGCCAAAGCCAAAGAGCAUCAAGAGCAUCAAGCAGCGGAGCGACCUCCCGCGCCGGACCAAGAGCCUGGCACCGCCCGCAGCCGCCGAACAGAAGGCUGGCGGAGGGCGCUUGAGCCGCUUCAGCGCCGUGGUGGCUGGGGGCAUGCGCAGGAUCCUCAUGCGUAAAGGUCACAGUGACAAGGGUGCUGCCUCCAAGGUGGCUGUCGAGAAGUAG